AGAAGCAUAAUAUAUUAAUACGAUAGUGGAAUGUUCAUGAAAAAUAUCGGCGCGAGACCGAUGCAGUUGUUGCGCUGAGAGUCUGUUUGCUCGAAAGAUAAUUCGGCACGAUGAAUCAAGCAUGUAUCUUGUUGCUUUUAAUGGUGCAAUUAAUUGCUACCUUGUGCGUUAAUGAAAACAGCAUUAUCCGUGAUUACUUCGCGUUCAGGAAAGUGAGAAGGAUCGUUGGAUUCUCCUGCGACAACGCGGAGAGUGCGUAGCGAAAUGUUUCCUACAAAAGGUUUCCUUUCAAUUAAGCGUAUCGAGAUGUCUUACUUGUUUCAUUUCGCAAAAAGCAGAUAACUUUAAACUCGCGAGAACGUUCAGCGAUGUGUACACCACGUAUAUCUCAAUGUUGAAUUCUACGCCUGAGUCGCAAUUAGACGCGAGGAAGGUCCUAAGAGCAGAGUACAAUUGGUUGGGCGUUUUUCUGGAUUCACGAUGCGAUCGUAGAGAAUACACUAGAAUCCUCGUGGACGCAACUAGAUAUUCCAUGUACGAUGAGAUGCACAAAUGGUUAAUUUUGGGCUCGAACUUGAGUCACGUGACAGAAAUAAUAAACGACAGCGCGUUCACCGUCUCUACCGAUGUCAUAAUCGCUGUGUCAUCAGCGAACGAUUAUAUUCUGUACGAUGUCUACAAUCCUUGUAAAGCUCGGGGAGGAUCGAUGAACAUAACACGCUACGGAACGUGGAGCAGUAAAACUGGAUUGAACGUUAGCAUGAGUCAAUCGAAAUUCGAGAGAAGAGCAAAUUUGCACGGGAUGAAACUGAAAGUCGGGGUGGUCAUCAAUUUCAAGCCAGAAAACAUGUCGCUUCACGAGAUAAUGUCGCAAUACAGCAUGAAGUCAAAGUACGGCCGAUCGAAAUUUUUAUACGUGUUGUUGCAACAUUUGUCCGACAUCUUCAAUUUCACCAUAGACGUUGUACAAAUAAAUGGGCAAAGAAGAUUCGAUAAUUCUGGCCCUGUUUUCACGGCUUUUAAAAGGAGGCUCGUAGACCUUUCGGCAAGCCCAGUCGCGAUGAAAGUCGACAGAUUGAACAACGGAGACAUAAUUGGCCCGGUCUGGCCAAUACGGUCGUGUUUUAUGUUUCGCACGAUUUCGUCGACGAAAAUCAAGCCAGGCCAAUUUCUGAAACCCCUGUCCGUGAAAGUGUGGUACGUGAUACUGGCUAUGAUAGGAACCGUGACGACCGUUUUAAUCAUUUUUCUAAGAUUAGAAGGCGUUCGUGCUCCCAUGGAGAUCUAUGGCCUCUCCGUCUUGCUCACGAUAGGAGCUUUGUCUCAACAAGGUAUAAAAUAUAUCAAUCGAGAAACGUUUCUGUUUUUUUUUUUUUUUUUCUUUUUCGAACGUGAAACUCUCUUCGUUCGUUUAGGCUCUGCGUUCGUUCCAACUCGUUGCGCAAGUCGCAUAGCGUUCCUCCAAGCUUUGCUCUUUAGCCUGUUAAUUCUGAAUUAUUAUUCGGCGAGCGUCGUGUCAAAUCGUUUGAGAAACAAGGGCGAGAAGAUGAACGAUUCUCUGAUUAGUUUGGCAAAGAGCAAUAUGAAAUUCGCGGCGGAAUAUACACCUUAUAUUCGCUCCUUUCUUCAGGUACCGGACAAGGAAGUGAGAUAUUUUUACAACAAUUGUUGGACGAAAAUACCGGAGUCGGAUAGAUAUUUGCCACUAGAAGAAGGACUUAAUCGCGUGGCGGAGGGUCGUUUGGCUUAUCACACGAUGAUCGAUUCAGCUUAUCCGUACAUCGAGCAUUCGUUCAAUCGUCGAAGUAUUUGCGAGCUCACGGAGGUUCAUCUGUUCCGUGCUAUCCUCGCGUUUUAUGCCAGGCAUCGCAGCCCUUUUACCGAACUGAUGAAAGUGGGUUUGACCAAAAUUCAAAACGUUGGCAUUCAGAAACGCGAGUUGAACCGAUGGGCGGCUAGGAAACCAUUCUGCCCUAACAACCUACUUAUCGCCGAACCUCUAUCGAUUCACGAAGCUGCGCCGAUUUUCAUGUUCCUGUGCAUCUCCGUAGCUCUAUCGAUCCUCAUUUGCAUCGUCGAGAACAUCAUCUCCUUCAUUUUCCCAAUACGCAUUCCACGUUUCACGAAGAUAAAGAGGCGACUGAUCGAUAGGAAUUCGAAGUUGCCAUCGUUGCGAGACGUGAAUCUACGGAGUUUGAGAAAUUUCAACUUCUUCAAUGAAUGGGGCAAUUUUCAAAUACCAUAUAAUGUAACAGAGAGGCAGGCAAUGCCGAGCCGUUCGAUUCGAUCGCCAUUGAUGUUCGAGCAGAAUUUCUGUUUUAAAACAGAGAAUAACAUAAUGCACGCGGUCUUGUUAAUAUUAUUGCAAUUCAUUUUAAUUUCGAACGGGCAGGAUCACGCGUUCGUUCGAGAUUAUUUCGUGUAUAAGAACGUACGAAACGUUGUGGGAUUUUCUUGUGGCGAUACUAUAGGUGACUUCAAUCUUGUGAAAACAUUAAGCACCAUCGGCAUAUUUACGAUAAUGAGGGAGCCCAGCGUGAAAAUCGACUUCCGUAGGUUUAUGAGAAGCGAAACUUGGACAGUAGGUGUCGUAAUUGAUUUACGUUGUCACAAUGAAACUGCUGUGCGAAUUUUUGCAGAAAGCUCAAAGUAUCGAAUGUACGAUUACUCGUACAAUUGGUUGGUGCUGGGUUCGAGUUACGACCAGAGUGUUCCCUUUUUGAACGACACCGCUUAUAAUAUAAUAACAGACGUUGCUCUUGCUAUAUCGAACAGAGACGGCUAUGAUCUGUACGAUGUUUUUAAUCACUGUAAAUAUCGUGGUGGGCCACUAAACGUUACUGAGCUAGGCACUUGGUAUCCUGAAUCUGGAUUGAAGAUUUCCCUAACGCAACCGUUAAUCAACAGAAGGGCUAACAUGCAUGGAAUGAGAUUAAAGAUAUCUGGCGUGAUUCAAUAUAGGCCAAAGGAUAUGCGUCUCGAGGAUUACAUGCAAGACAUAAAUACGAGAUCCUUAGAUAGUAUGCAUAAAUUUGUACACGCAAUGAUCUUGCACAUAGGAGAUCUUUUUAAUUUCAGCGUUCAUGCCUCGGAAAUAAUUUACUGGGACAGACACAGUGUACACGGUUUGAUUUUCGAAUUCUUACGUUCGAAUUACAUCGAUUUCGCUAGUAAUCCAAGGAUCAUGGUGUCCGAAAGGUUGGAUUAUGCAACUCUCAUCGGCGCGGCAUGGCCAAUUAGACCCUGUUUCAUGCUGCUAUCAACUUCAACGAACAAGAUCAAAUUAGAAAUCUUCCUAAAACCCUUUACACGGCAAACAUGGUAUGUAUUUGCUGCUUUCGGAUUGUUUUCCAUAUUCGUUAUGAAAAUAAUAAUGAAUCGCGAGGAUAUCGGCAAGAGGGAAAAAUAUUCGGGAGCAGUGGUGUUGUCGGUAGGAAUUUUGUCUCAGCAAGGUGCGAAUUUUUUGCCAAAACGACUACCAAGCCGUAUAGCGUUGUUCCAAAUAACAAUACACAGCUGGAUAAUGUACAAUUAUUAUUCUGCCAGUAUUGUCUCGGCUCGAUUGAGCGAACCCCUAGAUAUGAUGGAAGAUUCCGUAACUGUCCUUGCUGAUAGUAAUAUAAGGAUCGCUGCGGAAGCUGUACCGUAUCUAAACUAUUUUUUAUAUAGAUUGAACUGGGAGUCGGAUUACUUUCGCAAGAAACGCUGGGAUCCUCUGCCAGAAUCGAAGAGAUAUCUCUCAAUAGAAGAGGGCAUCAAACAAGUUGGUCAAGGAAUUUUAGCGUAUCAUACGGAUCCCAAUACAGCCUAUCCCUAUGUCGAGAGGAUGUUUGACUCAAAUAAAAUCUGCGUACUGACGGAGAUUCAUUUGUUCAAACAAUCAGUGAUGGGAAUGUACGCCAGUCAUAAUGGACAGUUUAUUGAAAUAGCAAAAAUAGGAUUGACAAAGAUGUUUAAUACGGGUCUUCGUAAUCGGCAAAUCAAACGUUGGUCGUCGAGGAAGCCACAGUGUCAACUCGAUACCUUGUCCACGAGAAGCAUCACGAUCUAUGAAACUGCCCCAGCUCUAAUUUUAUUAGCAUUCGGAAUACUUGUAGCUGGAAUCAUUUGCAUAGUGGAAAAUAUUAUUUACCGUCGUUCGAUGGAAAGAAAAGAGGAAAGUCGAAGAAAGAAGAGCGGAACAAAAGGAAGCUUCAGUAGUGGCAACAGCAAAGAUAAUUUAUUAGAUAUAAAUCCGUAAUAUUCGUAUAGGCUUUCA